AUGGCCACCCGCGUGCUCGAGCGCGCCCUGCCCGACCUCGACGAGCCCAUCGUCGAGUAUCUCGCCGGCUACGUCGAUGCGCCCGAGGAUCCGCGCGACGAUGUGCUCGACCUCGUGCGCGCUAUCCUCGAGUCCGCCACGGCGUCGGACCCCAAGGCGUCGGCGAGCGUAGACGAUGUGCUGCGCGAGCUGGCGGCCCUGCUGCCCGAGUCUUCCACCGCUGAAGGGCCGCUGCUGCGCCUCGACCGCGUUGUCGACAUGGGUCGCACCGAGCUGAGCCGCACCGCCGGCUUUGACCAGGCCGGCGGCGUUGAUCUGGCGCUCGGUGGCACCACCAAGGCGCGCAGUGCCGUCGACGUCAAGAAGCUCGAGAAGCAGGAGGAGAAGACGCGCGCCAAGCUGCAGAAGCGUGCGCAGCGCGACCUAUACGAGAGCAGCAAGCUCGUGGAGAAUGCACGCAAGCAGGAGACGUACGAGGAGAUGUUCCUCAAGGUCAACCCGCUCGAGAACGCGGCCAACAAGAGCAAGAACAAGGACGUGCACCUGCCGAACAUCGACCUGUCAUUUGGCUCGAACCGCCUGCUCUCGGGCGCGUCACUCACGCUGGCGCAGGGGCGGAGAUACGGCCUCAUCGGGCGGAAUGGCACGGGCAAGAGUACGCUGCUGCGCAACAUGGCGCUGCGCGAGGUGCCGAUCCCGACGCACAUUUCCAUUCUGUACGUCGAGCAGGAAGUCACAGGCGACAACAUCAGCGCCAUCGAGGCCGUGCUCAAGGCCGACGUGUGGCGCGACAAGCUCAUGUCCGAGGAGGCGGCGCUCAACGCUGAGCUGGCUGCACUCGAGGCAGCAGCGGCGGCCAGCGUGAAGGCAGCGAACGAGGCGGCAGCGGCAGCAAAGGCAGAGGGCAGUGCGCCGGCCGGAGGCGCGGUCGACAUGCCGACGCGGCAACGAGAGAUUCGCCGUGAUGAGCUCACGGCUCGGCUGGGAGAGGUGCAGGCCAAGCUGGUGGACAUGGAGGCGGAGACGGGCCCGAGCAGAGCUGCAGCACUGCUCAGCGGUCUCGGCAUCUUGGACAAAGACCAGUCCAAGCCGACUUCGGCCUUCAGUGGUGGCUGGCGCAUGCGCAUCGCGCUCGCACGUGCGCUCUUCUGCAAGCCUGACCUGCUCAUGCUUGAUGAGCCGUCGAAUAUGCUCGACCUCAACGCCAUCGCUUGGCUCGAGGACUACCUCGUCAACGAGUGGCCUGGCACGCUGCUCGUCGUCAGUCACGACCGAUCCUUCCUCGACACUGUCGCGACGGACAUCGUGCACCUGCACUCUGAGCGGCUCGACUACUACAAGGGCAACUUCACGCAGUUCUACGAGACGCGGACGGAGCGGCGCAAGAACCAGCUGCGCGAGUACGAGGCGUCGGUGGCGAAGCGGGCGCAUCUGCAGGCCUUCAUCGACCGCUGGCGCUACAAUGCCAACCGUGCGGCGCAGGCACAGAGCAAGAUCAAGGAGCUCGAGCGCAUGCCGGAGGUCGAGGAGCCGGAGAAGGACGAGGUGGUGCGCUUCAAGCUGCCCGAGACGGAGAAGCUUGCGCCGCCGCUGCUGCAGCUCGACAACGUCACGUUCGGCUACACGGCCGACAAGAUUCUGCUGCGCGACGUCAACUUCGAUGUGACGAUGGAAUCUCGCAUCGCCGUCGUUGGCUCGAACGGUGCAGGCAAAUCGACGCUGAUGAAGCUGCUCAUGGGCCACAUCAACCCGCUCACCGGCGACCAGAAGCGCAACAGCCGCUUGCGCGUGGGCUUCUUCUCGCAGCACCACAUCGACCAGCUCGACCUCACGGUCAGCCCUGUCGCCUUCCUUGCCGCCAAGUUCCCGGGCAAGAGCGUCGAGGAGUACCGCUCGCAUCUUGGCGCGUUCGGCAUCAAGGGCCCGACGGGCCUGCAGAUCAUCGCCACGCUCUCAGGAGGACAGAAGUCGCGCGUGGCCUUCGCGCAGCUCAGUCUCAUGCGGCCGCACGUGCUUCUGCUCGACGAACCGACGAACCACCUGGACAUCGAGGGUCUCGACGCGCUCAUUGACGCCAUCAAGGCGUGGAACGGCGGCGUCAUCGCCAUCAGCCACGACCAGCGCUUCAUCCAGGCAUGCAUGGAGCAGCUCUGGGUCACCGACCAGGGCUCGCUGCGCAAGUUCCACGGCGACGUCGACGCGUACAAGCGCAUCAUCAUCGAGAUGAACAAGAAGCAGCAGACGGCGAUGUAG